AUGUCCUUACUCUUUUUCUCUUCAACCAUCACCACUGCCAUUGCUACCUUGCCAAAACAACAAGAGCUAGAUCGAAUUUCAGCACUGCCUGGACAACCACCAGUCACAUUUUCUCAAUUUUCUGGCUAUGUUACGGUCAACGAGCAACAUGGACGAGCUCUCUUCUACUGGUUGACUGAAGCCACUUCUUUCCCUGAAAAGAAACCUCUUGUUCUUUGGCUCAAUGGAGGGCCAGGUGCUUCAUCAGUGGCAUUUGGAGCAUCGGAGGAAAUCGGGCCAUUUAGGAUUAAUAGUACCGGUUCAUCUCUUUAUCUCAAUGAGUAUUCAUGGAAUAGAGAAGCGAAUCUUUUAUUUCUUGAAUCGCCUGCUGGUGUUGGCUUCUCGUACACAAAUACAAGCUCCAAUCUUAAAGAUCCCGGAGAUAAACGGACUGCUGAGGAUGCUCUAGUAUUUCUAAUUAGAUGGAUGUCAAGAUUUCCACAAUACAGACAUCGAGAAUUCUACAUUGCUGGGGAGAGCUAUGCUGGGCAUUAUAUUCCCCAGUUGGCAGAGAAAAUUGUCGAAUAUAAUAAGGCACUCUUGCAACCCGCCUUCAACUUUAAAGGAUUUAUAGUGGGGAAUCCAGUAUUUGAUAAUUACUAUGACAAAAUUGGAGUUAUAACAUAUUACUGGACCCACUCAAUGAUAUCUGAUAGAAUCUACCAUGAUAUUCUCAACGAAUGCAAUUUCAAGGAGGUAAAUCAAUCAUCGGUAUGUAAUGGUAAACAGACAUAUGCCGAGAAAUAUGAGCUUGGAUUCGUAGAUCAAUACAGUAUUUAUACAACACCUUGCGUCACAUUGAUUAAUGAUACUUGGGCUCCUCCAAGGCUCAGAAAUACUCUAUUGCAUCCAAGGGUUUCUGGGUACGAUCCCUGUACUCGGAAUUAUGCAGAGAAGUAUUAUAAUCUACCGGAAGUGCAAAAGGCAAUGCAUGCAAAUGUUACCGGAAUUCUUCACAAGUGGAUUGCUCACAGUGCUGAUAUCCAGAACAAUUGGACAGAUUCUGAAUUUUCUAUGUUGCCGACAUACAAGAAGUUGUUUGCAGCUGAUCUAAGAAUCUGGGUUUUCAGUGGGGACACAGAUUCAGUGGUUCCAGUGAUUAGCACUAGGCUAGCCCUCAACCAUCUCAAUCUCACAGAUAAAACUAAGUGGUAUCCAUGGUACGCAGAUGAUCAGGUAGGAGGAUGGACAGAGGUCUACGAUCAGCUAACUUUUGCUACAGUGAGAGGGGCUGGUCACGAGGUUCCACUAUUUCAACCCAAGAGAGCAUUCAUUCUUUUCAAAUCUUUUUUGGCAGGGAAGGAAUUGCCACAUUCUUGA